CGAUGAGUUGCAGAAACACGAACCACUCGUCGCCUACUACUGUCGAUUGUGUGCGAUGCAACGAGGGUUGAAGAUUCCAACGUGCGAUCGUACUAAAACCACUAAUGCACUUCUUGUUUCCCUCAUGAAUCAACUUGAAAAGGUUCUGCUGAGAAAUAAAAACUGAGUAACCCCAUUUGGAAACCAGUUAUUUGCAGUAUAUUGGACAAGAAGUCACUGAAAUUGGGGCCUGAUGACCAUUUGCACCUUGAGGGAUUUGCCUCAAAUGUUUUUGCAAAGGCAGACAAGCAAGAUAGGGCUGGGAGAGCAGAUUUGUACGGCGUGUUCUUUUUUAAAAAUACAUUUUUUUAGUGAUAAUUUUCUAGAAAGGAAUACUGCAAAGACAUUUUAUGCAGCAAGCAUCUUUUUUGAGAUUCGUAAUCAAUUUGGUGACUUGCAGCCUGAUCUUGAGCAGAAACAGAAGUAUGCAGCGUGGAAAGCCGCGGAUAUAAGGAAAGCUUUGAAAGAAGGAAGGAAGCCUAUACCAGGGCCUGCUGAUGGUGAUAAAGAUUUAUCAAUACUGUCAAGCACAUCAAGUGGUGAAUAUGAUCUUGAGCCGAGCAGAUCUGACCCAGCUAUCAAACCUGCACUAGAACCUGAUCAAUCACAUCAGUCCUAUGAUGAAAUUCCAUCAUCACCUUCAAAUAAUUCGCCGUCACUACCUUCUUACCCUACUGCAAGUUAUCCUUCACAUGAUUUCCAUCCACCGCCUUCGACCAACAGAUCGGAAAAUUCUACAUAUUCACAGCCAUAUCACCAUCAACCUUACCCACAAGAACCUCAGCAACAUUUUCCACAAAAUUACCCGUCUCAUGAAAUUUCCUCUACCUCGUAUCCCAAUUUCCAAUCUUACCCUAGUUUUACAGAGACUAGCCUCCCUGAAGCCCCAUCUAAUCAUCAUUCAUACCAUCAAGGCUCUGAUGCUACUUACUCUACUCUGUCUGCUUCAACCACGACGAACUACCCAUCAACUGCUCAAUACAAUUCAAGCAGCAGAAAUGGAACUGUUUUAGAAGCUGCACCGACUUCUGUUCAAAUGUAUCAAUAUGACAACAAUUACCAGCCACCACCUGAGAAAAUUGCCGAGGCACACAAGGCUGCGAGGUUUGCAGUUGGGGCUCUGGCUUUUGAUGAUAUCUCUGUUGCAGUGGACCACCUUAAAAAAUCACUGGAGUUACUGACAAAUCCAUCAGCCAGUCAGUAAGUUUGUUGUUGGCAGUAUUUUUAUCCUGGUUUAUUUUUCUGAUUUGGUAGUUUGAUAGUGAAGUUCAUUUGAAUUUUUCCCCCCCUUUUGAUGGAAAUUGCUGUAUAGUUUAACCCCCCAUAUUACCAUGUUGAGUGAUUUAUUGCAAUUCUACAAGGGUUGGGGAUUUUCUGUCCCCAAAAUCUUUGUUUCCCUUUUCAAUGCACUAAAUUUUGAGACAA